AAUUGAAAAUGAAAGUAUAUUCCUUAUUAAUGACUUGAAUUUUCAAGGCAAUAAAAAUAAAGAUUUUAUAUUUUUAAAGGUAUUUUUUCUGGAUUGCUCAACUACAAGCUUGAUUCUCACUGUUUUUAGUCUGUAGAUUCUCUAAACUGUUUUUUUCAAAACAAAAAGAAAUAGUAAUUAACUAAACUUUUAGUCUAAAGUUUACAAUAUGGAAAUGUGCUGUGAACUUAACAAUCUACGUGAAAUGGUGGUUCAAUCUAUAAGUCAAGAAUCUACCAAAGUGUUGUCUGAAAAAGCAACCUGCAAGAAUAUUUUGGAUUUUCUGGAUAUAAAUGAUGGCAUUAUUUCUCUCAAACAUCCUGAUUUUGUGUUAACCAAUAGUCAUUUUCUACAAAUUUGCAAAGACAAAAAUAAACAUAACAUAACAUUAGAAAAUCUUUCAUUAUUUUUUACAACCUACUGUAAGUAUAAUAUCUCUAGAGUGAUGCUUAUAAGGAUCUUAAAAAAGUUAAAAGGUUACAUUGUAAAAUUAAAUCGAGCCAAAAAUUUGGACUUUAAAAAACAUUUUUUGAUGAUGUGCUUGAAGAAACUCAAAACUGCCCACGUACUAAUGUUGUGUCUGAACGUGACUUUGCUUCCUAUGACCGCAGGUUAAAAAUGAAACCUAACAUGACAACAGUAGCUGCAGCUGAUGUGAUUAUGUUUAACAACAACAAAACAGCUGAUUGGAUAGAUGGAAAAUCACAGGAAGAAAUUGAAAGGCUAGUUAUAUUAGCAAGGCGAAAUAGAAAAGGGUAUAUAAGAAAGUACAGAGAGAAAAAAGCAAAUAUAUUGCAGUACAAAAUUGAUGAGAUGGACAAGCGCAACUUAGAAAAGGAAAUAAAGGAACAAAAGGCAAGCGAAGAGAAAGAGUUUUUGACAACAGAAAUCGGAAAGGAUGGUGGUUUAAUUUUGUGUGAAGAGGAUUUUGAAAAAAUUUUAGGAACUGAAAAUGAAAUUGUAAUGAAGUUGCAAAGACAAAUUAAAUUUCGAAAAAAAGUAUUACAGCAAAAAUUUCCAGAAAAGUGGUUACAAUUAGGAGAAAAGGCAAAAGGGGAGUAUUACAAAAUAUUUGGUAUUGAUAAAUUAAAAACCAAUCUAAUAUCAAUUUUUAAAUUUUUAAAAGACGUUCCUGAACAACGCGCAACUGCAAUAAAAUGUUCAGUUAUCAGACAGAUUAAUGAAAGACAAGAAAUGUUGUUAACAUUAAAAAAAAAAAUCGGAUUAGAGGGUGACGCUAGGUUAAUUAUGGAAACUGGAAGUAAAAUAAGAACAGGCACAUCAAAGGGAGGGGUUCCAAAAUUUUUAGGAAAAAGAAUAAAACAUAAAAUGGUAGAUAAUGAUGGCAAGGAUGUAUGGUAUUCAGGGCUCGUGGUUAGUGUUCUAGACGACAAUGAAUUUGAUGAAGAGUGUGAGUUUCAGAUACUAUAUGAUGGAUAUGAAGAUAAGUAUGAUAUUGAGUUGGUCAAAGAGUGGAGGAUGAAAUGUGUUGUGGUAGAGGGAAAAGCUGAUGGUUAUGUGGAGGGUGAAGUUUGUAAAAAACAAAAAUGCAGUUAAUAUCAUUUUUGACACAAUGGGGAUUUAAUUUAUUGUAUUUAUGUUUGUUAUUAUUCUUAUUAUUAAUAAUAUUAUUGUUAUUAUUUUUUUUAUUGUCAUUCAAUUUAAUGUGUUCUUGUUUGUGUUCUGUUUGGUCAUCUGGAGCGGUGUUGGCACACCGACAAUUCUUUAUAUGUAUAUUUGUUUUCUAUUGGACAUCUGCCGUCAUGGUGACAUACCCGUAAUUCAUGCUUUCUAUUUUUGUGCUGACAUACCUGUCAAUAUAUGUAUCCUUGUGUUUACAUUUUUUUGUGUUUGCAUGUAUGUUUUUGUAGGUGUGUCUGCAAUUAUUUGCAUGUUUGUUUUUACUCACUUGUUAGUCACUAUAUGCAUGUUUGUGUUUAUGUAUCUGUUAGUCAUUAUGUGUAUGUUUGUGUUCUGUUGGACCUCUGAAGUGGUGUUGACGCACAUGUAAGUCACUAUAUGUAUGUUUGUGUUUAUGUACCUGUUACUCAUUAUGUGUAUGUUUGUGUUCUGUUGGACCUCUGGAGCGGUGUUGGCGCACCCGUAAGUCACUAUAUGUAUGUUUGUGUAUAUGUAUCUGUUAGUCAUUAUGUGUAUGUUUGUGUUCUGUCAGACCUCUGGAGCGGUGCUGACACACCCAAAGUCACUAUAUGUAUGUUUGUGUUUAUAUACCUGUUACUCAUUAUGUGUAUGUUUGUGUUCUGUUGGACCUCUGGAGCGGUGUUAACACACCCGUAAGUCACUAUAUGUAUGUUUGUGUUUAUGUACCUAUCAGUCAUUAUGUGUAUGUUUGUGUUCUGUUGGACCUCUGGAGCGGUGCUGACCCACCCGUAAGUCAUUAUAUGUAUGUUUGUAUUUAUGUAGUCAUUAUGUGUAUCUUUGUGUUUAUCUACCUGUAAGUCAUUAUAUGUAUCUUACUCUUUUGUUGGAACUGUGGAAUGACUAUAAUUUCAUUUGAUAAUGCAGGUUAGUCAUUUUGAUCAAGUUUUUGUUUUUUUUAUUUAUGCUUGUGUUUGUUGGUCUUGUGGCACAGCAUUGAAACAACAGUAAGUCAUUGUAUGUAUAUUUGUGAGUUGUUCCAACUAGGCUGCAAGCAAUCAUUGUAGGAGUUGGAAGUUACUGGAAGAGAAAAGAUGAAGUUUGUAGAGUAAGAUAAUAAUUGACAGAUGAGUUAAAAGAUUGCAAAUUAUAUGAAACAGGGAAGCAAGAUAAAGGAAGCGAAUUCCAAAGAACUGAUGUUCGAGGAAAAAAAUAGAAGAAUAAGAGUUUUUGGAGCACUUGGAAACAGUCACAAGAGAAUGAAAUUUAGUAGUUAAACAAGGGACUCUAGCUAUUUAGAGCAGUGCCCAUAUUUGUAGAAAAGAGAAAGAGAAGCACCAUUACAACGAUGUGAUAAUGGUUGGAGGUUGGCUGCAAGAGCAGGUCCAACUAUGUUUACAAUGCAUUUUUGCUCCUUGUCUAAAAAAGAAAGGGCGUCAUUAGAAUAUCUGCCCCAGCGUUUUUUGCAGCGUUUAGUGCCACAGGGUCUGUGUUUUGUUAUUGUGAUGUUAUUGUUGUGAUGUUUUGUGUUGAUAGACAACUUGGCUUACCUUCUCGCUGGUGUCUAUCGUUAAAAAUGAUUAUUAGGUUGUUUCGUUACUGAAACUACUUCUAAUCAUUCACUAAAAGCCAAGAGAUAAAUUUUAGA